AGGAAUGAAUUGCUUGCUUUCGACUAAUCCCCAGCGCUAACAAGAGGUACUAUGGCUCCUCCUCCUGCUGCUAAAGCUGCGCAAAAAGGCGACAUGGGCCCCCCCAAAACCAUACUCAAGAAAACCACUACUAAAGAGACAGCCACUCGCUCAGCAGGCAUUCAGAGAGCUCGCGUCGAGAAAUUCACUCAAGAGCAAGAGAUCGAUGAAGUCGAAACAGACACCGACAGCCCUAUGGUUGAAACGCAAUCGAGUUCCCUAGGAUCGCAGGGUGAUCCCCUUCAAGAGCUGUUCGCAAGGAUGAGACGGGACCGCGACAAUCGCAAGAAAAACUCGCGCGCAAAACUACGCUCAGCCCACGACGCUCGCGUCACCAAAACCCGCACAACCAUCACAACCUUCUUCGACGACCACGACAAAGCCCUCACCGAAGCCCGCCAAGCCCACACAACCCGCCUCCACGAGCUCCUCGCCCGCAAAACCGCCCUCGAAGCCAAGAUGGCCAGCUGCGUGCGCCGGCUGCGAGACGGCUACGUCGCGCAUUCCAAGGACCUGCAGCUGGUGCUAGAUGCGCGGAUUGGGCAGCUUACGGGAUGAAGUCUGUAUCCACAAGCAUCCAGUGCUUACUACCCCGCCUACGCUUUGCUAUCGCCCGACAAAUUCACGCUACUAGAGUUGUUAGUAGGUUUGAAGUAUGGUACUAAUCGUACUGGGCGCUAGCUAGUGUUUCAGGAACUGGGACUGAUUCAUAUGUCCGUAUGAUCGUGUUGCUAUGUUCCGGGGGGGUGUGAGCAGAAUUUAAGGUUGUAAGACGCUUAUCUGAGGGUACGGAUAUAUCUGACUUGCGGAUGCGAGAUUGGAGAGAUUGGUGUGUGGAGUUUAUGAUCUAGGAGUUUAUGAUUACGGGGAUCUGGGUGCGGCUGCGUUUCAGAUGCAGAAUCUCAAAUUAUGCUACGAAAAAUGGGUAAGAUCGCAAGCAAAUGAUUAGCUUAGCUAUGUUACUGAAAAUGAUGUAGUUACAGAAUAAUGAUAAUUACUACUAUUAGUCCUACUAC